AGAUGAUGCUGGCGGAGCAAGCCCAGAAGUGGUUCCCAACUCACGUGCAGGUGACGGUCCUGCAAGCCAGGGGUCUGAGGCCGAAAGGUAAAAACGGCAGCAACGACGCCUUCACCAUCAUCCAGCUGGGCAAGGAGAAGUAUUCCACCUCGGUGGCCGAGAAGACCCUGGAGCCCGUCUGGAAGGAAGAGGCCUCCUUCGAGCUCCCCGGGUUACUCAUGCAGGAGAAUCCAGAAAAAUACGUCCUGUACCUGAUCGUCAUGCACAGGUCGCUGGUGGGGCUGGACAAGUUCCUGGGGCAGGUGGCCAUAAGUCUGAAUGAUAUGUUUGAAGACAAGCAAAGGAGGAAAACAGAGUGGUUUCGCCUGGAGUCCAGACAAGGGAAGACAACUAAAGACAGAGGAGAAAUCAAGGUCAAUAUUCAGUUUACAAGGAAUAACAUGACAGCAAGUAUGUUUGAUUUGUCAAUGAAGGACAAAACCAAAUCUCCUUUUGCUAAACUAAAAGACAAAAUGAAGGGUCGGAAAAACGAUGGGACAUUUUCAGAUACAUCCUCUGCAAUCAUCCCAAGUACUCACAUACCUGAUGCAAACAUAGAGGUAUGUAGUGGUGAAGUACAGAUGAAAUCAAAACCAAAAAAACCUUUUCUUUUGGGACCUCAACGGCUCUCAUCAGCUCAUUCAAUGUCAGAUUUAACAGGAUCACAUGUCUCCUCAGAAAAAAUUAAGUCUGGCACAGGUGGCUACUCUCAUCUUUUCAGGCGUCAGCUGGAAUCUUUUGGUUCAGUUGAUGAAGGGGGGAGUCUAAAAUCUCCACAUAGAAGGACAUUAAGUGUUGAUACUUCUAAAAUGAACCAGCUUGACAGCACAGUUGAUGAAACUGCACUUGAAGCACAAAAUGACCCAUUUACCAAUGUGAGUGCUUCGUUACCCCAAAAAUUUGCUACACUGCCAAGACAGAAGAACCCAUUUGAAGAAAGCCCAGCAACAUGGGAUCCAAACAUGAGUCUGUUUUCCAAACCUGGUGAAAUCAGAAAAGAAAUUAAAAAAGAGAAGAAAGAGAAAGUUAGUCUUUUUGAAAGAGUGACUGGAAAAAAAGAUAGCAGGAGGUCAGAUAAACUUAGCAAUGGGGGAUCAGACAGUUCUACUGACUUGAAAUCACCUAGUGUGUUUGCUGAAGCUCAUCAGGAGAGUUUUGAUUAUGAUUCAACUAACCCAUUUCUGGCCAACUUCAAGCCUACAAGCACGUUGCCAUCUUCAAGUUUUAAUCUGAAUCCUUCUGGCAUUGAGGACCUCAGGAAAACAACGGAUGGGAAUCCUUUCGACGCCACGGCGGGAUAUCGCAACCUCACCUAUGAAGAGGUUUUGCAGGAGCUGGUGAAACACAAAGAGCAGCUGAAGAAGAAGGACACUCACAUUCGUGAACUGGAGGAUUACAUUGACAAUCUUCUCGUACGAGUGAUGGAAGAGACACCCAGUAUUCUCAGAGUGCCAUAUGAACCCUCUCGAAAAGCUGGCAAAUUUUCCAAAAGUUAAGAUGGUGACACUGGAUGGUACUUUCUGCUGAAUGUGUUAGUGGAAGGAAAUCACACUUUAACUUCUCUCCAUUCCUUUUCUCCUAAGAAAUUCCAGGAACUGGGGGAGGACAGGAAUGUGGUGUGGGGUUUUUUUAAUUUUUUUUUUCUUUUUUUUACUCCAAACACUA